AUGCGUCUCCUCUUUGGCACAUCAUCCGUUUCGAAUAUGGUCCCUUACCACGAAGCACGACGAUUAGUCCUCAUUGACGAGCUUUCUGGUGUCUCCUCCUCGCCAGCCGGAGACUUGGACCAAGGCUGCCCAUACUGGUCACCUCGGCCUGCCAGCCGCGAAGAAUCAGAGGGGAUAGAGAAGCUGCUCCGAUUCGAGAGGAAGUACAAAGAAAUAUUACCAUGCGCGCUGGGUGGGUCAAAACAUCACCAUGGCCGCAAGAUAAGCGUAGAGUCUGACGAAGGGUAUGGACGUGGAUUCGGUAUUUCUGGGUUUCAGGAGUUCCCUGAAUGA